ACAAGGUAAGGAUGUAAAAGAAAUGAGCAGGGUGGAAGAUGGGCUCAACUGUUGCGUCAAAUUGCGAAGAGGGAUCGACGACGCAAAGGGAAGCGUCAAUGAUGGUAAGUGCACACCACCUAUUUACUAAUACAAGACGCCAAUGCAACGGCAACGUUUUCACCUUAAGGCAUGGCAUAAACGACCGGUCGGUAGAAGAAAACUAUCAGCAAUCGAUGCUGUUCUAGUUCAAAACGGGAGGCUAGUGCUAGUAUUUAAGGACUCCAAAAGUCACAACCGGCAUCAGUUCAUCCCUCCUUGGUUUCAAGUGCACAUCUCAACCAAACCAUGAAUAAAUUCGUCGCCGUUCUUUCCCUUAUCGUGGCUGUGGCCUCAGGUGCCCGCAUUCCCCGUGACUCGGGAUACUCCCAGAGUGGAUCCCAGAGGGGCAAUGCCCAAGCUCAAGCUCCCAUUGGUAUUGUCUCUUCAGUCUACAAUGGCCCCACCGCUGAGUCGCAGAACUUUGACUUUGCCUUUGAGACAGAGAAUGGCAUCCGGCAAGAGGCCACUGGAGAGAUGAAGACCAUUGAUGACACCGAGGUGGUCGUGAUGCGCGGCAGCUACACCUAUUUGGAUGCCGAGGGUCGUGAUGUGACCGUGACUUGGGAGGCCGAUGAGAAUGGUUAUCGUGCUGAGUCUGACAUUUUGCCCGUGGCCCCAGAGAUCCCAUUUGAAGAGCAACGCCAGGCUGUGGCCGCUCAAAUCGCCUUUGCCCAACAAGAGGAACAAGCCGCCGCUGCCUCUUCCACUUCCAACAGAUAUGCCCCUGCUCCGGCUAAUAGUUACUCUGCAUCCCCGGCCCCUGCCCCUGCUCCCGCCCCUGCUCCUGCCAAUAGUUACUCUGCGGCCCCUGCUUCUGCCCCUGCUCCUUCUUACCAAUACAGUGCUGCCCCAGCUCCUGCUCCCGCCCCUUCCAACCAAUAUUCCGCCGCCCCUGCCCCUGCGAGCCGUUACUCAGCUGCACCUGUCCAAUCCCAGCCAUCUUACAGGCGUUACAACUACUAAAAAUGUGUAACAUAUUUAUUUGACAUAUCUAUUUAUGAAAAAAAAUGUUGAAAUGCCAACGAAAAUCAUUUCUACUUCUUUUCACAAUUUACAACAAAAUGUGAAAACAACCCCACAAUGGAUUUCAAUUUCUCGACGCGAAAAAUAAAUGAUGUUAAAGGCAUAUUUUCACAGUUUACUCUCAUUUUUGGUAAGUUAAAGUUUGGACGAAAGAACAAAACGAGGGAGACAUCUGAUAAACGUUG